UCCGUUUUAGCUCAGUAUCUCCAGCUCAUCGGUUCUCAGUAUGUCGAAUAUGUUCGAAAGAAAAAGGCUCUCGCUUCAGUAUAACGUUACUGUUGACUCGAGUAAAGCUCCGUUCGCUCGAUAGUACACGAACGCUCAUGUAUAAGUCAGCUGCUCGUGUUCAUCGGUCCUCUCAGUCUAUACAGCUUUUUUAAAGUGCUGUUGGCGUUACAGGAGUAACAUUAACUCCAGGAUAUUGGUUUAGAGUCGUAGGGACUGUAAGGCAUGUCUGAAAAAGACAUGAACGAUUCAGUCCGAUUUGGUGAACCGGUUCAAUAAAAAGAACCGGUUCAAAAGAACGAUUCGUUCGCAACACGGACAUCAACAGUUCACUUUCGUCCAUGUCACACGAGCAAUCACAACCACAUCAACAACACGGACUAUUACAGCCGAUCAAAUGUCACACAACAACAGUGAUGGAGUGAAGGGAUGCAUGAAUCAGACGAAUAACAGUGGAAACACUGAUUCAUCAUCAAGAGGAGAAUCCAAGCAAUCACAGCUUAAUUCUGCAUGGGACACCAGCAAGCAAAGAUCUAGUGUGAAUGGAAGGGAAGGGGGACAAGAAAGAAGGCCUGCAGCUGGUGAGAAUGCAGAGAAAACGACCAGAGAUGCCAAAUCCGCUGAGGUUCAAAACCCCAAACCAAACCAUAGUACAUCUGGAGAAGGCAGCUCAAACCAGCCCUCUCAAAGUGCAUCAAUGGACUCUUCAGAUGUUUCCUCAGUCGUUUCCAGUUUAGGAACAAGACCAAAGCCUUCGAUAGAGCUGGGGCCCACAUAUCCCAUCCGGAACCUCAAAACGAUGCAAGACUUCUACAAAGAGUUUGACCAGCCACUUCUGAAGAAAGAACAUACAAUACUGAUAGAUCUGAAAUGUUUCCAAAGUGGUGUAAUUGUUCCUCAUCAAGGGACUGAUGUUUGGGAUCAACACCAUGUGAAGUUCCCACAUCUGUAUCCACGGCCUCCAUCCCAUCACAAGUCCCACGCACAACCCUCUCGCUGGGAGGUCACCCGUCGGGCGUUGCUCAGUCUCACCAAAGGCAGUAACUCUAUUGGGGAUGUUCAGACUGCAAUUAUGUCUUACAAUUCCAGCAACAAGGACAAAUGGACAUUUGAUGCACUUUAUAAUUAUGGUCAGCGCUUGCAAACAAUGGACAAUAAUCUCCAUUUGCUGAUCCCAAAGAUGGCCAAACUAGCUCUUAAUUUACCUGAACUCAUUAAAAAGCCCAUCCCUCUCCUGCGACAGCAACAGAACCAGGGCAUAACGAUGUCUCAGCAGCAGAUUUCCUGUCUGUUAGCAAACGCCUUCUUCUGCACCUUUCCUCACAGGAACGACACUAAACCUGGUUCAGAAUACGCCAACUACCCUACCAUCAACUUCAGCAGUUUAUUUGCUAACAAGACAGACCCAACAAAAUUAGACCUAAAGGCAGAGAAACUGAGGGCCAUAUUCCAUUACUUCAACACAGUGACAAAUGAUGAAGAACCAGCAAAACCAGAUGGACUGGUAACUUUUGAAAGGAUUAGCAUUCCACCAUCAAAGCUCCCUAAUUGGAACACAACAAAGGUUCCCCUGAGGAACCUUCACAUCUCUCCAGAAGGAUCCAUUGAGAAUGAGGGCACAGGGAUGCUGCAGGUGGAUUUUGCCAGCAGAUUUAUUGGUGGUGGGGUGCUGGGAUCAGGAUUGGUUCAGGAGGAGAUCCUCUUCCUCAUGAGUCCAGAGCUCAUCGUGGCCAGACUCUUCACUGAGAAACUGGCUGAUAACGAGUGCCUCAAGAUCACAGGUCCUCAGAUGUACAGCUAUACUUCUGGCUACAGCAAAACCUUUUCUUGGGUCUGCCCAUAUGAUGAUCGCACAAAGCGGGAUAUCUGGAAGAGACGUUAUCGGCAGGUUGUUGCCAUCGAUGCACUUGACUUCAAGAACCCGAGGGAACAGUACACUAAAGACAACAUAAAACGAGAACUCAACAAGGCGUUUGUGGGAUUCCACGGAGACGUGAAAACAGCCAUCGCAACGGGCAACUGGGGCUGCGGCGCCUUUAAAGGAGAUCCUAAACUCAAAGCUCUCAUCCAGUUGAUGGCUGCUGCGGUGAACGGACGAGACAUGGCUUACUUCACCUUUGGCAAUAAAGAACUUGCAAAAGAAAUACAAACAAUGCAUGAGAAGCUGACCAUGAAAAAAGUGACCGUGGAUAAACUGUACAACUGGUUGAAAGAUUUCUCUGCAUACUACGCUCGUGAACAUCACUUCCCAAAAGAUCUAUAUGGAUUCAUCAGUGAGAAGAUCGAUCAUAAGGCUAGUUUGUAAAUCUGCCUGGCUGCUCAGAGAUAUAUACUGUACAAGCUCACUUCAGAGGACAGUAGUCAAAAACUGUUCAGCAGUAAUAAAUAUGUAAAGCUACUUUUGAAUGUGUCAGAUUUCUGAAGGAUCAAAGUAAUGAAGUUAACAAUCAUAAAAAAAAAAACUGCUGUAUAGAAUGUAUUUGUUGUUGGACCACAGGUGUCAUUUAAACUUAAUUGUUUACAUUAAAACAAAUUAUAGUCUGUCACAAAUCAUAUUAAUCAAAGGCCUUAGUAUCAUCUAAAAGUGCACAAGUGCUCAUGUAAAAAUUUUUCUUGCAUCAGUUAUUAGUACAAACAAGCAAACAGACUGAACUUAGUAAAUCUGCAUAGAUAGGCCUCUCAUACCUACUCUCAUAUCUACUGUACAGUGCAAAUCAAACCUGUGCUUUGGUCAGGACAUUCCUAGCUGCCAGUCUGGCCUCUAACGCUAGCAGCAGGGUGCGAGUUUCCUGAAAAACGAGGGAUGGAAAUGAAGUGAGUGGAUGGGGUGAGGUGGUUAGGACUGGCCCUGGAAGGCAUUCAGGUUAAAGGCUUUGUUUAAGAACCGCUCCAGCUCCAGCUCCACAAGAUGAGUUUUCUUGUUGCCUGAGGAAGGGGCAGUUCCAGGCUCUCGGCCGGCAUACCUGAGAAGAACAUGUAAAUAGAAAACUUAAAUGCACGUUUUCAUUUAGCAGACGCUUUCAUCCAAAGCGACUUACAAUUGACGUCUAACAUGUUUUAUUAUUACAUGACUUACAUGCAUUAGCAAUGCAAAGGAUAAUUGGGUACAAAUACUGUUGCAUGAAUGCAUAGCAUCCAGCAUCUUUUGGGCAGUUUAACUGUUCAGGACCAGUAAGGGACUCAUGAACAACCGGCUGUGGAUCAUCCAGGUAACAACAAAGUAUUGAGAAUCAAGCAUAUGUAAACUUUUAUAUUGGGUCAUUUUUGUAAAUUCAACUAUUCUUUUCUCUUGUGGGCUAUAUGUGAAUGUCUUUUAUGUUAAAUAUCUUAUUCUACUAUCUUUUAUUUUGGUAAAACAAAUAACAUUUUCCAGAAUUGUUUGUCCUUUUUGACCACAACUGUAUAUAUUUCUUUCCAUCACAAUAAUACAAUGCAAAUGUAAAUUUCCUUGA